AUGACUGUGAGUAAAAAUAACGAAUCAAAUUCUCAAACAAAACCACAAAAUGAAACGCCUACACAAACAAUUACAAUUACUAAGAAUAAUUUGCCUACUUCACAGAAAACUCAAAGUUCUAUUAGAACACCCAUCACCUCUGUAAAAUAUAGUACAACCACUUUGGCAACUUCCUCCACAAAAUUAAUUACUACCACUUUAGAUAAUUCUUCCGUAGAAAUAAUUACGACCAUUGAACCUUCAUCUGAAGUAUUAGUUAUUGCAACAACCGUUGUGGUGCCUUCACCUACUAAAACAGAUG